AUGGAGAAUGGCGAGCCUCACAAUCCUAAACUUUUGGUAGAUGAGAAGGGUUUCGCCCGCUCAGAUCUCGAGAAGUACGAUGACGACGGUCAUGUUGCCAGGACAGGUGGCUGGAUCACGGCCUACGCCCACAUCGUGUGCGCUGUCAUUGGCAGCGGCGUCCUGUCCCUCGCCUGGGGAGUCUCCUGGCUUGGCUGGGUGGCGGGCCCCAUCGUGCUCUUCAUGUUUGCAUGGAUCACCUGGUACUGCUCAGCGCUGCUCAUCGACUGUUACCGCUUCCCGGACGUUGAUGGGGAGAAGAGGAAUUAUACCUACAUCCAGGCAGUCAAGCGCUACCUAGAUGCCAACAUGGUGGGGACUUCCGUCGGCUACACAGUGACUGCUGGGAUUGCUGCCACGGCCAUUCGUCGCUCCGACUGCUUUCACGCUGACAUCAGCAACCCCUGCGAAAUCUCCAACAAUCCCUGGAUAAUCCUGUUCGGCGCGCUCCAGAUCCUCUUCUCUCAGAUCCAGGACAUUGACCGCAUCUGGUGGCUGAGUAUUGUCGCCACUCUGAUGAGCUUCACUUAUGCCUUCAUCGGCCUCGGGGAGUGCAUUGCCCAAGCCGCACAGGGGAGCACCACUGGCACGGGCACUGUUGGGGGCCUCCAGAUUGGCAUUGACACCACCGCCGCAGGGAAAGUCUGGGGCAUCUUCCAGGCGCUUGGUAACAUUGCCUUCGCGUACAGCUUCAGCUUCAUUCUGAUUGAGAUCACGGACACAAUCCAGUCACCAGGCGAGACCAAGAAGAUGAGGAGGGCGACAGUGUAUGGCAUCGCCACGACAACUUUCUUCUACGCAUGCAUCGGCAUCAUCGGCUAUGCCGCGUUUGGUAACAGCGCGCCAGGAAACCUGCUCAGCGGGUUUGGCUUUUACAAUCCAUGGUGGCUUAUUGAUAUCGCCAACGCAGCCAUCUUUGUGCAUCUCCUCGGAGGCUACCAGGUGUGGAUCCAGCCAUUCUUCGGCUUUGUGGAAGCAUCAGCUUUCAGAUAUUUCCCAAAGAGCAGGUUCCUGCAGUGGGAGCUCUUUGCUGUUGAGAUUCCCGGCAUGGGCCUGUUCAGGGCGAGCCCCUUCCGCCUGAUCUGGCGCACCGUCUACGUCAUCAUCGUCACAAUUGUGGCACUGCUGCUCCCCUUCUUCAAUGACAUUGUCGGCCUUCUUGGUGCAAUCGGCUUUGCUCCACUGACUGUCUUCUUCCCGAUCCAGAUGCACAUUGUGCAGAAGAAGAUUCCCAUGUGGUCUGGGCGGUGGUGCUUCCUGCAGGGCCUCAAUGUCCUCUGCUGGCUCAUCUCCAUCGCCGCCGCCAUCGGCUCUGUGGAAGGAAUCUAUGCAGACACUCGCAACUACACCCCCUUCCAGACCUCCUACCGCCGCUGA